AUGUUGGUGGAACUGGGCAUAAUUCCAACAAACGAGGCCAUAUGGAAGGGGUAACAGCCUAUCCGCAGAUGCCAGAAAGGAAAGAAAAGGAAAUUCAAACGAGUAACGAUAUGCAACGGCAUUUCUCGUGAUUCCUUGUGUCGCGUAUGAUAAAAAUAAUAAGUACAGAGUUAUAUAGAUUUUUUUUGUACAAUAGAUUAACAUUUUGCAAGAAUUAAGAAAAUAAAGCCGUUGAAAUGAUGACUGACCAACCGGAAUGGAAAUCAAUGGAAAAAACAAUAAACGAGAACUGUAAGGAAACAUUUAAUAAGUUGGAGAAGAUCUUACAAAAUACAGAAUGUCCCAAGGAGACGCGAUUAAUGUACUAUGAGCAGAAAGUACAGAAUUGUAUAAGGGAACAAUUAGAUGACAUAGUGGCUGAAGCACAAUCAAAUAAGCUCUUGUUAAAGACCAUAGAGGAUUUGAAAAAGCAAGGUCAUCCAAAAUGGAAACCAGUAGAAAAAUUGAUUAAUAAGGCAGUUAAGGAGACACUCAAUGAGUUGCAGAAGGAUUGGGAAGACAUAGGAUGCCCCAAUGAAACACAGUUAGAAUAUUACGAACAAGUGCAGAAUCAUAUAAAGGAUCUGCUACAUGACAUGAUAGCUGAAACACGGUCUAAGAAGGAACAACUGUGCAACAAUAUAAAGGAAUUGUUAAAGCAAACAAUAGUAAUAUAUACACAAUUAAACCUGGAUAUGGUGCCCAAGACUUAUGAUCAGAUUCCAUUGAAUGAAGUGGAGCAAAUGCUUCAAGCAGAUCUUCAAAACUUGGAACGCAUAAAGGAAGAACGUAUGAUGUUACUGAAGGAAUUGGUGACAAAGCAACAUAACAUUUCUGAGAAACUUGGUACCAAAAAAUUUAACUUUACUAUAGAUGUUUUACCUUCUGAACAGGAACUCGAGAAUUUCAAGUUGUAUCUACAGAAAGAAGAGAAUGAGAAAAUACAUUUGGAAAAUGUUUUUACAGAAAUACAUCAUUCUAUAAUUAAAAUGAUGAAUGAUUUGGAUAUAGCUCCUUCUUCAUCAUUUGAACAAUUGAUUUGCAACAAUCCUGACCAGUUUGUACUAAAUACAAACAAUAUGACAAAAUUAAGAGAGUUUCGAGACAAAUUAAAGACGCAAGUGGAAGAAACAAAAUGCGAGAUUGAGAAAAUGAAAGAAGAAUUAUUGACAUUGUGGAAAUAUCUUGACGAACCUGCUGAUAUUUAUCAAUCCUUUCUUGAUAGAUAUAUUGGUUAUGGCACCAGUACAAUAAAUGCUUUCAAUGCAGAAAUAAAACGGUUAAAAGAAAAAAGAAAGGAGAAUGUUUUCAGAUAUGUUACUCAGAUCAGGUACGAAUUGAUGAAUUGGUGGGAUUUAUGCAAAUAUUGUGAAGCACAAAGAAAUGCAUUUGCACCAUUUCAUUCCAAUACAUUUACCGAGGAUUUGUUGACAUUACAUGAGUUAGAAGUGGAAAAGCUACGUAAAUUUUAUAAUGAUAAUCGAACAAUAUUUCACCUUCUCGAGCAGCGCGAAAAUUUUGUAAUUAAGAUAAAAGAAUUGCUUCAGCGAGCAAAUAAUCCUGAUCGCUAUCACAAUCGCGGAGGUCAGUUAUUAAUGGAAGAAAGAGAACGUAAGAUGAUACAAAAAAAGUUGCCAAAAAUUGAAGCAGAAUUGAAGCAACUGAUAAAUGAAUAUGAAACUACGCACAACCAGAUAUUUACUAUUUAUGGUACAUCAUUGGAAAAUGUUUUGGCAGAGUCUUGGGAAAAUAUCAAUCAUGAGAAGGAAACAAUCAAAAAAGCGAGGAAAGAAGCAAAAGAUAAAUCCGUUAAAAAAUCACCUUUAAACAGUUCUAAACCAGGUAUGUCUCACCUCAGUGUUGUUAAAACUCCAUUAGGUUUAUCGAAGCGUAAAUUGUUCACUCCGUCUCCCAAUACAUCGUCAAAGAGAAACAAAAAUGGCGACAAAACUAAGCCCACUGUUACUGCAUCCAAGAUUAGAAGAAGUGGAAGAGUUACAAAAAUUCUUGUAACUAAACCAAGUAGAUGUUCGAAAGGUGGACAAAAAAGAAAGGAAUUGUCACCCAAUAAUAGCGUAGUAGAUACAACGUACAAUCAAUUCCAAGGCCAUAUGGCAGACAAAGAAGAAUUGCACAGUUCAGUGCUACCGAACCAAAUACUGAAGACCAGCAAUAAACUCAAUAUAAAAAAAAUACCAAUAGUGCGAACGCCCAUGAAGCCAUUGAGGAAAAAUCUCUCUGCUGCUACAACGCCUGUCAGUAAUUCUGCACGCAAAUCACCACAUAGUCCCAGAAUAUUGAGAACUCCAAAAUUAGCAACAGCUACGAAUAAUUUACCGUUUUAUUUUUAAAAAAUUUUUAUUUAUUUAUAAUUUAUUUUUUAUUUUUUAAAGAAAAACAAU